AUGCCUCGUGGGCAGAAGAGUAAGAACCGUGCUCGUGAGAAACGUCGCCAGGCCCGGGCUGAGACCCAGGGUCUUCAUGAUCAGGCCACCACAUCUGGGGGAGAAGAGACCACCCCCUCCUCUCCUCCUGAUUCAGAGAGCGCUCCCUCAAGCUCGUCUGCUGCUGGCACCCCCAAGGGGCCUCAGGGAGCCCAAGGCACCACCAGUGCUGCUACAGGUGCUAUACGCAAAAGAUCUGGUGUCGGUGGCAAAGCACGCUCAAGAUCUGGUGUAGAUGCUGAGGGCCAAGUUCAGGAAGGUGAAAAUUCCUCCCAGGCCUCAGCUGGUGAGAGUGCUCGCACAGAUCUUCUGACCAGGAAAGCAGAGAUGUUGGUGCAGUACAUGCUGUUUAAGUAUAAAGUGAGGGAGCUCAUUAAGAGGUCCGAAAUGCUGAAGGCAGUCAAUAAAAGGUACAGGGAGCAAUUCCCUGAGAUCCUCAGCAGGGCCUCUGAGCGCAUGGAGCUGGUGUUUGGCCUGGUGCUGAAGGAAGUCAGGCCCAACAGUCACUCCUAUACCCUGGUGAGCCCCCUAGAUCUCGGCGACAGUGAGUCUAUGAGAGGUGACUGGGGGCUGCCGAAGAAUGGUCUUCUGAUGCCUCUGCUGGGUGUCAUCUACCUCAGUGGCCGCCGCGCCUCUGAGGAGGCGGUCUGGAAGUUCCUGAAUGUGCUGGGCAUCUAUGAUGGAAGAAGGCACUUCAUCUUUGCAGACCCCCGGAAGCUCAUCACAGAAGAUCUGGUGCGGGAAGAGUACCUGGAGUACCGCCAGGUGCCAGGCAGCGAUCCCCCUCGCUAUGAGUUCCUGUGGGGUCCGAGAGCACUCAUGGAAACCAGCAAGACGAAAGUCCUGGAGUUUUUGACCAAGGUCAAGGAUUCAGUCCCCGAUGCCUUACUGCCGCAUUAUGAGGAGGCUUGGAGAGAGGAGGUAGAGAGCACUGGAGCCAGAGCUGCAGCCAGUAUUGGCCUUUCUGCCUCAGCCAGACAUGGCACUUGUGCCUCAGCCAGUGCUGGCCCUUCUGCCUUGGCCAGACCUGGCACUUCUGCUACAGCCAGGGCUGGCACUUCGGCCUCGGCCAGGGCUGACAUGUCUGCCUCUGCCAGUGCUGGCCCUUCUCCCUUGGCCAGUGCUGGCCCUUCUGCCGCAGCCAGGGCUGGCACUUCUGCCUCAGCCAGUGCCCACUCCAGGGCCACAUCCAGCCGCUCAUCUUGCCCCUAG